AUGGAUGAAAAGCGGCGUAAGAGGAGACGGUGUUGGUUGGUGGCGUUGGGCGUGGUAAUCGGGUUGGUAUUACUAAUUUCAAUAUUAGGAGGCACAGUGUUUAAGGCGAAGCGGCCAGUGACAACCGUGAAGUCCGUCUCCCUCCACGACAUGGACGUAUCCUUUGAUGCCCUGAGAAUGAAAGUCCACCUCAAUGUCUCUCUCGAUGCUUCCAUUACUGUAAAGAAUCCUAAUAAGGUCGGACUCAAGUUUUCUGAUAGCUCCGCCUUUGUGGAUUACAGGGGUCAGAUGGUUGGACAAGCUCCCAUUCCCGCCGGUCAGAUCUCGGCUGGGGAGACCCUGCCUAUGAACCUUACUCUCACUCUUAUGGCCGAUCGAUUUCUUUCUAACUCUCAGGCUGUCAUUUCCGACCUUCUUGCCGGAACUCUGCCUCUUACCACGCGUACGCGCAUCUCCGGCAAGGUCACGGUAUUGUUUGUAAAGAUUCAUGUUGUGUCUUCUGCCUCUUGUAAUCUCAAUAUCUCCGUCUCCACGCGAUCUAUUUCCGACUCCGAUUGCACCUACAACACUCGUUUAUCUUGA